UCAGGCGCACCGUGACGAACAGGUCUUUCUGGCAGUAGAAUCGCAGGCUGUGCAUGGACAUGGCGAGUAGUUCUUCGAACGUCCAUGAGCGCAUUGUGACGUAGAGUUUCUAAGCAUACACACACACACAUGCACGCACAAGAUUUAUAGACAGAAAGCACAGACAGUGCAUGUCGUCUCUGCUCUUCUCGCAUGGGCGCACUUACGCCGCCGAUUCUGAUGAAGUGACGAUGGCCGAUUCUGAUGAAGUGACGAUGGAGCUUGUUGCGUACGAUGUCCUUGAAGAGCUCGCUGAUGCGAUCGAUGGCACGACCGCUGCGUGUGGGUCGUUGACUGAUGAAGUCGUGACACGGACCGCAAUCUCCGUAAUCUCACGAACUGACCGCAUCGCAACACACAUCAAUCAGGAAGGCAGAAGACAAGCCACGUAGCCAGCCGUGUGCUGUCUUUCAUCUGUCUGGUCUAUCUGUCGGCCAGUCCGUCUCGCACCUCCGAAUGAGAUGUUUUCGCCACCGUGGUCUUCCGCACUCACACGGAGGGCCCGAUUCACCAUCCUUGUCACUCGACGCAGCUGCUCGUCGCUCACAUGGUGCUUACCAGUGGCCAU